UGCUGAAACAGCCAAUAGCAUUAAAAGGGGGCGGGGCACACGCGACCCUCUGGAGUAUGCUUAUAAUAGUGACCAGGGCUGGACUGUGCAGUUCAUUGUAACCGGUUCCACGGGUUCAGCUGGCUGGUAUAUAAGAUCCAGAAAUCAUGACUGAGGAGGCAUUUCAGAAGGCAGCAGAGGAGGUGAAGCAUCUGAAGGCAAAACCAAGCGAUGCCGAGAUGCUGGAAAUCUACAGUCUGUACAAACAGGCCACAGUAGGAGACGUCAACACCGCUCGGCCCGGCAUGUUGGACUUCACUGGUAAAGCUAAAUGGGAUGCCUGGGAUGCAAAGAAAGGUCGACUCACUUGCUCAUGGGGUCCAUUGCAUCCUUCUCAAAAACUCAAAUAACUAUUACACAGCUCACAACUGAGCUAUCACUACUUAUAGCCAUUUCAUUAUACCUCAACCGACACGCUGUAACUCAUGGGAGCCAGGCUCUGGGAUGUCUGAUGGCUCUGGAUAACCAAUGACCCCCCCAAUGAGACUGGAGACAAAGGAGGAAUCCUGCCUCCAUGAAUGUUGAAGUUCUGCAGACCAUCAGUACUGAUAGCCAGCCUCACACCCCUGGAACUUCCCAUCAACUUGUGACCUUAACAUGCAAAUCACCCUGCGCCUAGCAAUUUUACUGCCGUUAAAAGUCAACAAGAAUUCCCUAAUCUAAACCAAAUCAAUGCCUUGACCAGGGGAUGACCAAAGUUCUGACUGAAGAUACACACACACACAUACACAUACACACACACACACACCCACACAUAUAUAUAUAUACACACACACACACACACCCAAAGCGUCUGGAAACGCUCAUCCUGACCCCCACACGCACACACAUAAGGAGAGUUCCUCGAUUAAAGUUUCAAUAAAACAAUAGUAAAACCCUACCUGACCCAUGCCUAACACACCUAUAUACACUAUAUUGCCAAAAGUAUUCGCUCACCUGCCUUGACUCGCAUAUGAACUUAAGUGACAUCCCAUUCCUAAUCCAUAGGGUUCAAUAUGACGUCGGUCCACCCUUUGCAGCUAUAACAGCUUCAACUCUUCUGGGAAGGCUGUCCACAAGGUUUAGGAGUGUGUUUAUGGGAAUUUUUGACCAUUCUUCCAGAAGCGCAUUUGUGAGG